UCGGCAGGCCGUUCAGCCCCCUCCCCUUGCCCAACCAGUUCCAGGAGCACAAUCGCAGCAGCUCGCCUUGACCACCCAAGGCUCAUCUUCUCCUCAAGAGCAAGCUGGUCAUCCCCCCUUGCCGCGGACUUGUAUUUCCCAGCAUCGCCAUUGGUGCUCGUUUAAACGACGAGAGAGGACUCAGGCUCAGAAGCGACCACCCCCACCCAAGAUGAAACAAUUUGUCGCUAAGCCUUACAAGGAACCGGAACACAAGCCUGAGAAGCCCAAACCCAAGCCGAAACCCAAGCCGAAACCCAAGCCUAAGCCGAAAUCACUGUCGAUAUCGACAGCGACGACGGAGAAACUAAAAAUCACUGGGUUAAUGGCCUAUCAGCACCCGACGACCUCUUUGUAUCUUGGUACUUUAUUGGCCAAUGUCAAGCGUGCACUUCCAAAUCAAGACGGUUUGCAACAAGAGGUGAUGGCUAUCCAUCAGAAGGCCUCGAGCGAAGCGUCACGCAUCAAGCACCAGGGCCAGAGGUUGAUCGGGGAAUACAUCGAACACUUGGUCAAGAAAGGACUUGAAAGCCUGGAUGCCGAGGAUCGGAAGUUUUUAGAUCUUCUCUGUCCGAGAGUCAGUAUGAAGAAUGUCAAAGAUGACGCCGAUGAUGCUAUGGAGGAUGACGAGGACGGGGACGAGAUUGUUGGCGUUGUGGAGGAGGACGAUGACGAGGAAGAGGAUGGCGAUGAGGACGACAUAGACCUGGAAGGAUCAGGCAAGGAUGACAAGGAGCGGUUGCAGUUCAUUUCGAGCUUUUUAAUACACCUGUACUCCGGCAACUUCCCGAAAUCUGUUGGUAUUGGGAUCAAGGUCGAUGCGUUCAUCUCUCGUCUUGAAGGUCUUGAUCUGUACACUCCACCGCGGGCUCGGUCAGAGAUAAACAAAACUCUGCCAUUUACUCCCACGGACCUGGUGCGAUCUGUAGUCGGACAGUUGAAAGCCGAGCUAAAAAGAAUGUAUAAGAAGGGAACUUGUGAUCUACACAAGACGCUGAAGAAGAGGGCGAGCAAGGGGCUGCUGAAGAGGUCCAACGAGGAAAUUCAGAUUCGGGGUGAUAUAUCAGCAGUUGAAAACUACGUCGCGCUGAACAAAUUGACCUAGAACCCCUGAAGGAUUGCGCCCAUGACUACGUCGAAGCAACCCUACAUCGGUGGAACUGGUGUCCAAAGAUGGAGGCUUCGCUACUAUGGAAGGGAUACAAUGGUGGAUAGGCGCAAAGGAGCCAGGUUUCUUGUUCAAACACUUUGUCGCCGAUAUCGAUCCACAAAAUUUAACGAGUCGCCAGAAAGGAAAGGCUGGUCAUCGAGCUGCGAUCAAGUUGUGGUCCCUCGAUGCUCUAAGGAGCCACUUGCAAAAGUUGGAGGAGCCCGGAUUCCAGCCAGGAGAAUAUGCCGAGAAAGGGUAUAUUUCAAGGGGCUCGCUGCUGACGGAUGGUUUUGGACUGUAUCUGCUUGGCUUCAAGUUGAGGGAACUGCAGUGUGUGCGGUACAGGAGACUGCCGGCGGAUCGCCUGCCACCACGGACCACG